AGUCGGACAUGGCAACCUGCGCCGGACCGUAGCUGGGGAGCAGCCACGGUUUAACGGGAGACUGAGUCCGGGAUUAGCUAACGCCCGCCGGUCGGAACUUUCCGUCUGCCCUCUCCGGGUCCGCCGUGGAGGUGACUGCCCCCGGGAAGCCGUGUCCAGUCCGAAGAGCCCGGUCUUUCCAUUCUCCUCCGGCGGCAGGCUGGGAGGGAGCCCGCCCUCGCUGGGAGCGCUAGCCAGGUCCCGCCGUGGCCGUUCCGUCCCCGUCCAGUCCGUCUGAAGCUGCUCUGAAGACGGAGGACGCCGCUCCGUCACCAUGUCCAAGACCAAGAGCUCCGAGACGGUCAAGGUGGUGGUCCGCUGCCGGCCCAUGAACGAGAAGGAGCGGGCCGCCAAGUUCGAGCGGGUGGUCUCCGUCGACGUCAAGCUGGGUCAGAUCAUCGUGAGGAACCCCCGCGAGUCAUCGGCCAACGAAGUCGGCAAGCUCUUCACGUUCGACUCGGUCUACGACUGGAACUCGAAACAACUCGACCUGUACGACGAGACCUUCCGGCCCCUCGUGGACUCCGUCCUGCUCGGCUUCAACGGGACCAUUUUCGCCUACGGCCAGACGGGCACGGGGAAGACCUACACCAUGGAGGGCGUGAGGAACGACCCCGAGAGGAGAGGAGUGAUCCCCAACUCCUUCGAGCACAUCUUCACGCACAUCUCCCGCUCGCAGAACCAGCAGUACCUGGUGAGAGCAUCGUACCUGGAGAUCUACCAGGAGGAGAUCCGGGACCUGCUCUCCAAGGACCAGCAGCACCGCCUGGAGCUCCGGGAGCGGCCCGACACCGGCGUCUACGUCAAAGACCUGUCCUCGUUCGUCACCAAGAGCGUGCGGGAGAUCGAGAACGUGAUGAACGUGGGCAACCAGAACCGCUCGGUGGGCGCCACCAACAUGAACGAGCACAGCUCGCGGUCUCACGCCAUCUUCGUCAUCACGGUGGAGUGCAGCGAGCUGGGCGUGGACGGAGAGAACCACAUCCGCGUUGGAAAGCUCAACCUGGUGGAUCUGGCCGGCAGCGAACGGCAGACCAAGACCGGCGCCCAGGGGGAGCGGCUGAAGGAAGCCACGAAGAUCAACCUGUCGCUGUCCGCUCUGGGGAACGUCAUCUCGGCGCUGGUGGACGGCCGGAGCAGCCACAUCCCGUACCGGGACUCCAAGCUCACCCGCCUGCUGCAGGACUCCCUGGGAGGCAACGCUCGCACCGUCAUGGUCGCCAACAUCGGACCGGCGUCUUACAACGUGGAGGAGACGCUGACAACGCUGCGCUACUCCAACAGAGCCAAGAACAUCAAGAACAAGCCGCGGAUCAACGAGGACCCCAAAGACGCCCUGCUCAGGGAGUUCCAGGAGGAGAUCGCCCGGCUGAAGGAGCAGCUGCAGAAACGCUCCGGAAAGAGGAGGAGGAGGCUGAGGAGGAGGGCCGGAGAGGGGGGCGCCGACGACGACGCAGAAGGAGGAGACACGGAGGACGAGGACGACGACGGAGACGACAAGGGGGACUACUGGAGAGAGCAGCAGGAGAAGCUGGAGCGGGAGAGGAAGGCCAUCAUGGACGACCACAGCCUGGUGGCCGAGGACAAGGCCCGACUGCUGAGGGAGAAGGAGAGGAAGAUGGAGGACCUGAGGAAGGAGAGGGAGGCUGGAGAGCUGCUCGCUGCCAAAGUCAAGGCGAUGGAGAGUAAGCUUCUCGUAGGGGGGAAGAACAUCGUGGAUCACACCAACGAACAGCAGAAGAUGCUUGAGCUGAAGAGGAAAGAAAUCGCUGAACAGAAACGACGGGAGCGGGAGAUGCAGCAGCAGAUGGAGAGUCGAGACGAAGAGACGCUGGAGCUGAAGGAGACCUACAGCUCCCUGCAGCAGGAGGUCGACAUCAAAACCAAGAAGCUGAAGAAGCUGUUUGCCAAGCUGCAGGCGGUGAAGGCAGAAAUCUCCGACCUCCAGGAGGCGCACAUCAACGAGCGGCAGGACCUGGAGCAGAGCCAGAACGAGCUGACCAGAGACCUCAAACUCAAGCAUCUGAUCAUAGAGAACUUUAUUCCUUCAGAGGAGAAAAACAAAAUAGUCAACAGAGCGUUCCUGGACGAGGAAGACGAGCACUGGAAAACCAAGCCCAUCACCCGAAUGGAGGAUGACCAUCAGAUGCGGACCAGACCCCUGUCUGCGGUGGGAUACAGCCGACCGCUCAGCCACUACGCUCGCAUGGCCAUGAUGAUGAGAGCAGACAGCAGAUACAAAGCCGAGAACAUCCUGAUGCUGGACAUGGACCUGCCCGCCAGGACCACUGAAGACUACCAGGAGCCGGUCAUCGCCCCGAAGCUGGCGGCAGCUCUGGAGGACGCCCUGCGGGACGAGGACGAGAUCCUGAUCGACGCCUCGUGCCUCCACGCCGGCCCGGGCCCGACGCCGCCCGCCACGGCCGGCGGCAGCCUCAAGAAACCAAAGUCUGGCCGGCCCAGAACAGGCAAGAAGUCCAGCACCCCGACCUCCCCCUUCAGCCCCUCCAGUCCGGGAUCGCCUCUUUACCCCAAAGCCCGUGGCCUGGUGCCCAAGUGAUGGCUCCGCCCCCCGCCUGCUCCAGAACGCCCUCCCAGUGAUGGCUCCGCCCCCCGCCUGCUCCAGAACGCCCUCCCAGUGAUGGCUCCGCCCCUCGCCUGCUCCAGAACGCCCUCCCAGUGAUGGCUCCGCCCCCCCCCGCCUGCUCCAGAACGCUGUGCUGCUCCACCAGUGUGUGUUUCCCUCACAGCAGCAUGGCGCCUCACUGUAUGACUCCACACACACUUCUGAAUGAAUGUCUGCACAGUUCCUUACUCACUGACACACAUCACAAUGUUCUUAAUGUGCAGAACUGACUGACUGGACACGUGUCUGCUGGAGACACGUUCAGUGUGACGGCUCGCCUGUGUGUGUGUGUGUACUUUAUGUCUGAUUGUAUUACAUGGGAGCUUUAAUGUUGCUGGAAAACAUUUCAGGGUUUGUUGCCGAAUUUAAACUGGGAUGACUGAAAAUGCUGAAGCAGCUCAGGGAGGUCAAACAUGUGGCUUGUGGGCCAAAACUGGCCCAACAGAGCCUCCAUUCUUACACUUUAUAAAAGGAACAUCUGGCGGACCAGCUUUGGACCACGGGCCACAUGUUUGACACCCCACAUUGGUUUUCUUCGUCACACCUGGCAUUGAGUCCAGCACUUUAUAGAAGAUCCAGACCAGGACUGGAUCCGAGGAGUCCAGCUGGAGUCUGAUGGAUCGUAGCUUCAUGCUAAGCUAGCUUUAGCAUGUGUCCACAUGAAGACAGUCCAGGGUUCCCCUCACGGCCUGGACCAGUCCUGGAUCAGUCCUGUGGUCCAUCAGGGUGCCGCGGUGCCUUAACCUCCGCCCCGCUCCGCCCCCGUCUGAAGCUCCGCCCCCUCCACCUGCCAGAGCUUCAGGUGGAGUUUGACCUCAGAGAACUGAAGAUCCACAAAGCAUUCCAGCUGUGUGUGUGUGUGUGUGUGUGUGUGUGUGUGUGUGUGUGUGUGUGUGUGUGUGUGUGUGUGUGUGUGUGUGUGUGUGUGUGUGUGU